GGAGUUGGCUUUGGGAUCAGGACGGAGGCACCUGAAGGGACAACAAGGAUUUGGCUCGCAUGAGGGUAAGUAGGGAAUCACUGCAAGAACUGGCUUCCCUCUGAUACUGACUGAAUCCCAAUGACUGAUUUGCUGCUCCUGGGUACCCUGUGGAGCCGUAAGCCAGCCGAACCCCCACCACAAUCUCUGGACUCAGCAGCCAGUACCUCUCUGCCAUGUCUGUGGGCACCUUACAGCCCUCAGGGGUGGGAGCCCCUUUGCCCUCAGUAAUGCCCCUGCGUAUCCUCAACAAGGGACCUGAGUACUUCCGCCAGCCAGUUGAAGGAGCCGGACGCAAACAAAGUGCAGUGGAAAGGCUGGAGGCCGACAAACUGAAAUACGUGAAGAGCAAGCAGGUGGCAAGCACCAGGCAGGAGCCAGUCCGACCAGUGCUGAACAGGCAGCCCCUCUUCUCACCCGGGGUGCGACGGGCAUUACUAACCCCAAACCGCAGGAGACACCCAACUGCCCUGCGCAUGCCAAGUCCCAAGAACUCUCUGAACCUGGAUGUACUUAACAAACUGAUUAAUCUUUGUGACAGCCCAUUAAAGUCUCCAUGGGGGGAUGGGGCCCCCUGGCAGGAACACAAGGAGCCCACAAAUCUAUCAAGUACCCCAUGUAGUUCUCGGGCCUCUAGAACAGCAGCAGUGCGCAGAGUGGAUGUAAAGCCUGGGAAAGUCCUGCUCCCUGCUCCAUGCACAGAUACCCCUCUGUCUCCUGCCAGCCCCCUCUGCUCUCCAAACUGUACCCCAAGUCCAGGCAAGAGACGGUCCCAGCUGCAGCGAUCCAAGUCUGACCUGAGUGACCGCUUCUCCCGGGUCAGCGCCAACCUUGAACGAUUUUUCAAUUACUGUGGCCUGGACCCUGGAGAGGUAGGCAACACUGAAGCAGAACACUUUGCCUGUGCCAACUCUGACAUUGUCUCGGCCAAGUUUCACAGUGCCAGUUCACCCGGCUCUGAGUGUGCCCGUUCACAGUUUAGUGAGACUACUGCAGAGGAGACACCUGCCAAACGCUUGCCCUAUGGUAUCUCCAUCAUUGAGCGCAAUGCAAGGGUCAUUAAAUGGCUGUAUGGACAAAGGCAAACCAUAGAGUGCCAAAAAAUGCCAACACAGGAGCCUGUGGGAAAGUAAAGACCUGUGUCAAACUUAUAAUAUGGACUGGUUUCUGUUUACAAGCAAGUAGUGUUAGUUCUUGUUUUGCACUUUUGGGAUUGAAGGACUCCAAUUUGUAUGGGACUGUAUGACUCCUGCAUCCGGCUCCGUACUUGUAUGGAAUUGUAUGACUUCAGUGGUCUACUAUGUACUUGUAUGGGAAUGUAUGACUCCUGGACCUUGAUAUGAAUUUGGAUGGGACUGUAAGACUCCAGCACCCUGCAUAGCACCUGUAUAGGAGAGUGUAUGACUUCAGCUCCUUGUCUGUUCCUGAAUGGGAUUGUGGGAUGUCAUCACUCUACUUUUUUCCUGUACAGACUGGAGGGAAGGGGGGGGGUUCAUUAGUAUGGGGGUACACCUGUUGCUGGAAGUCUCUCAAAAAACCUAAUGGUUGAUCUUGCAGUUGAUUCUGCAGUAAAUAAGCCAGACUGAGUCUGUACCGAGUCUGUAAAACUCGGUACUGAUGUAUAACCAGGGAUAGUAAAAGCUCUGUUUAUAUUACCUUUCCCUGUGAGAUUUCCUUUCACCUUUAUAAUGACUGUUAGUUUGUUAAAGAUGGGGCAGUUCUCAGCAACAUUUCAAUUAGUCUUUGCAAUUUAUCUUGAAUGAUGUUUACAUUCUGUCUGUUUCCAUCAUACAACUGAUACCUGGUUGUCCGAGUUCACUGACCCUUAUUGUCCAUUAAACAAAUCUGUGCUGGU